UUGAGUUUGAACUUGAUUGAUUUGAUUUGAUUUGGUUGGUUUAUGGGGUUUGAAUGGGUGGAUGGCUGGCUGGCGAAUAUGCAGCAGACAUCUCCCUGUCCUCUGCGCUCCUCCUCGAUGCUUCUUCGUCCCCUCGCUCUUCCUGCCAUGCUACAAGCACCGCACACCACUACCACCCUCGACCACGCGUCGAUGCUAUGAUGGAUAGGAAAACUACUUUUUGUAAAUACAAAAACGCCAACGCUUUCAUGCAUUCAUGCAUCGAAAAUAUACAUAACAGGGGGGGAAAGGAGAGUAAGUUGGGGUCGGCAAUAACAAUACGAUUUAACUACAAGGGGGUGAUAGACAAAAUGGUUAAAGGUCAGAAAAUAUGAUACAGGAGAAUUGAAAGGCGGGACUAUGUGCAAGAAUGGGCAGUAUAAAAGGGGGGAAUGCUAUGCCGCUGACUCCCCUCGCAGGUAGUCGG